AUGUCAGACAGCUCUUACAUACAGGAGAUCAUAGUCUCAACCAAUGAGAAUAAGAUCAGAGUAUCCCUUGAUUGGGACAGGUUGAUUGAUUUCCAAGUUGGUAAAGUAGUUUCGCUAGCUCGUGAUCAACAGUUCUGGGUUUCACCUGAUAUUGCAUCGUCUUUAUCUGCCCAUUCUCAUAAAGCAUCACAUCUAAUCCUUUUGAAAAGCAAAGAUGGGUGUACAACUCUGGUGUUGUACCCCGUAUCGACCUCUGAUGUCAAUAACGUCUUCGUGAUUGAAGAUGGAAAGAUCAAGAGUAACUUACAACGGGUAUCUCUGGAAAAAACAGACGAAAUAGUAUGGGUAAUUUGUGUGGAAGCGAAAACUCCUGUCCAAGAAAGAAGAUCAGUAUCGAAAGCAAUUAAGAUUGCUAGAGGCUUAGUAGGUUCAAACAAAGUAGAUAAGUCACAUGAUUUAGAUAUAUUCGAUCAAUUGGGUGUUUGUACUUGGGAAAGUUUCAAACAACCUGACGGCAGCCGUACACGACCAACAUUGGAUUUGUUAUUAUCCAUCAUUCCCAAACAUCCUAUUGGAACUUAUCUGAUCGAUGAUGGAUGGCAGGAUGUAUCACCUGAAAGGAAACUCAACUCCUUCAAUGCAUACUCAGCUCUAGGUGCUACUCUGUCUGAGACAGUUGAAGCUUUGAAAGACAGGGGCGUAGGGAAAGUUGGAGUUUGGAUGACUUUACAAGGUUAUUGGGAAGGUAUACAUCCCUCCAGUGAAUUAGUCGAAAAAUACCAUUGUAAACAAUAUCAAGUUGGAAAGGUUUUGGGUGGUUUAGAAGACGAAUCUGAACCAAGUGGGAAAACAUUGUUUUAUCCUUCUCCUGAAAAAGCAGGAUCAUUCUGGGAAGAUUACUUGACUACUUUGAAAGAAAGUGGAAUCGACUUUGUCAAGAUUGAUAAUCAAGGAUAUUCUGAAAUGGCAGUCGAUCCAGCAGGUUUACACCUGCAGAGGUCGCUGUUCCUUGGAUGUAUGAAAGCUGUCGAGAAAGUCUUUGGACUAAAUGCGGUUAUUGUCUGUAUGGCUCAUAACGAAAGAAUGUUGAAUGGACCUGGUGGAUUAAACUUCGAUCGUCCUUCUGAUAAUCUAAUCUUCCGAAAUAGCGAUGACUUCGCGAUACCACUUACCCUCGACCACACUGAUCAUAUCUAUAUGAACUUGUAUACCUCUAUCCUCACUUCUAAUUUAGCACUCAUACCAGAUUUCGACAUGUUGGCUUCGUCGCCUAAAUCCCAGUGGCCAAUAUAUCAUGCACUUCUUCGAUCUUUGGGGCCCGGUCCAGUCCUUUUGUCUGAUACUCCUCACGAUAUUCCUGAUGAAGCUCUCAUCUCCAGAAUGACUGGUGAGACUAAAGACGGUGUAAUCAAAGUAAUCAAAGCGACAAAUGCAGCUCAGGUGUUAUCCCGUAGAUGGUUCUCAGAGGGGGUCAGGGGAAGCAAAGAGGGUCCAGCUUUAGUUGCUGGAAGUAAGUUUGGUGAAGUAGGCGGUAUCAUUGGCGCUUGGAAUGUACAUCAUCCCAAUACAGAAGCGAUUGCCAAAGAUCAAAUUUCCUGGGAAGAUGUGGAGGAUUUGCUAGACUUGGAAGAAAACAGUGCAUCUGAAUAUCUGCUGAGCAUACCUCUGAACAUAUCGAAACAUAGUCAAAAGCAAGAAUCCAAUAGCCCAAUCGUCACACUAGUCAAUGCAUCCGAUCAAGGCACAAUGGACAUUGAACUGGAAAAAGGCGAAUCUGAGAUGGUCGUGGUCAGUAAAGUCUACAAUUUGCACGCCGCUAGAUUGGCUAUUGUGGGAUUGAAAGGGAAAUUCGCUUCUUUAGCUGGUAUCGAGCAUAUCAGCACUAACAAAGACUCGAUCACUUUCAGAUCGACUUAUUCUGCUCAAGCAAUCUCGAUCAUUUUGAUCGGUGAAGAAGACAUCUCAUCUGCAUCGAUCAAAGCAUCCAUGGAUGGUGUAGACAGUAAGGUUGAUGUUCAUGCCAUCACAAUCCGACAAGGAACAGAGACGGUCACAGGUCGUUUGAUCGAUUUACACUUCCCUCCAGAAUCUAAUCAAGGACAAAAAGCAGCUUGGGACGUUGAAAUCGUGCUUGGACAUUGA